UGGCGAUCAAUCUUGCGUCCCAUGCGUAUACAAGCGAGCAGUGGGGACUGGCUGACUUUUAGAUGAACGAUGUGACGCCCUGUAAGCCGGAAAUUACGGUAUUCUUGAAACAUAGAUCGAGUCCAUCUCUUUGCUCACAACUUUCUUGAAACGAUAUGGACUACGACAAGAUCGAGAAGCAGCCUUCGCUGCCCGUUGUGGACCUUUCAGAGAAGGACUAUGGAUACGAAAAGCCCAAGCACUUCUCACAACACGUCGCUGCAGGAUGGCCCAACGAGCUGCCUCCAGACACAUAUAAACCGGAGACUUCGAGAACGGACCAUAUCGAGGACGUUAACACGAGACAGAGUUCAAUUGUAGAAUAUCCACCAGAAGUUCCACUCACUCGGAAGCAAAAGACGGUAAAGCACCUCAGGAGAUACUGGAUCUGUUAUGUCCUUCUGGGUAUUGUCGCCCUGGCAGUGGGACUUCCAAUUUUCUUCCUCGUAAUUCUACCAGCCAUUGCGCAAAGAUUGGUCGACUCGGCCAGUUUACCAAUCUCGUCUUCCAAGCUCAUGAAGCCAACACCAGACACAAUCACCGUGUCUUUAGUAGCCUCGUUGAAGGUACCGCUCGGACUGACAGUACACCUCGAUCCGACGGAUUUGCAUCUGUACAGACCAGAAACUCACCCAUUCACCCCGUACGUGACAGUUCGUUUACCGGCCCAGAAGUUGCAUGGCAAUACAACAAUCACUCUAGAGAACCAGACGGUUCAGAUCCAGAAUUUAACAGAGUUCCAAGCGUUCCUGACCACCGCCGUCUAUGCGGAAGAAUUCAUUUUGUCUGCGCGAGGCUCGACAACGGCGCACUUGGGUGCGUUAAAAGUGCCUCUAACUCUAGAUAAAGGCAUAAAGCUGAAAGGUCUCAACCAGUUGAAGGGCUUCAGCAUCCUCGCUGCGCAGGCUCUAGUCACUCCAGAAGCAGACGGUACCAACUUCAAGGGAACAGCAAAUUUGCCCAACCCAUCUCUUGUUGGAUUUGAACUUGGAAACGAGGUCCUGGAUCUCAUGAUUCCAAACGGUCUUGUUGUUGGCCAAGGCACAAUUAUAAAUGCAACCAUCGCUCCUGGAAAUAACACGGUCGAUUUCUCCGGAAUUGUCGACUACAAUACCUUGUUCUCCAACAUUCAAUCGAUCAUAAACGCUGAAGCUGAUGCGUUGGCCAGAGGAAAUCUUGCUUUGAAUGCUAGAGGUAACUCGACAGUCUACGACGGAACUCACAUCAUGUACUAUGAGAAUAUUCUAAACAACAUGACUCUUGGAACCGAAGUUCCCGUCACUCAGUUCAUAGUCGGUACAGUGGGUGGACUGUUGAACUCGAGUUCCGCGACUCUGGGAGACCUUGUAGACCUGAUUCAAGGAAAUGGUAUUACAGGGUUCCUGGGCCUGUUGUCAAGCGUCUUUACUCCAACCACAUAG